CCGGCCCUCUCGGCCCCGUCAUCGGCCCGCGCCCGCCGCCCCCACGGGGCGCCGCGCUGACGGCUCCGCCCGGCCCGGCCUUGCCCGCUUCCAAGAUGGCGGCGGUGGCGGCGGCUGUGGGGAGCCUGCGGCGCGCGGGCUGGGGGCUGCUGCGCUGCCGGCCGGCACCAAGAUGGCCCUUGACACUGCACAGAUUAAAAGCGAUGGCUUCUGCCCCAAGGAACUUGCAAACCAAAUCACAGGCUGCCAGUAGAGCUCAGAUGCAUCAGCUAGUUGUCAGAUGCCCAUUGUACCCAGCCCAGCGUGCCUUCCAUGCCUCAGCUCUGCUGAGGAGAGUCUCAGAUGAACAGAAACAGGAACCACCACCAUCUUCCUCCCAACAACAUUUUGAAUCACACCCACCAGGUGACCAGCCUGACCAGGAGCCCCAGCGCUCACACCACAGUUACACUGAUCAGGGUGGUGAGGAAUCUGAGGACUAUGAGAGUGAAGAGCAGCUGCAGCACCGAAUCCUAACAGCAUCGCUGGAGUUUGUGCCUACUCACGGUUGGACAGCAGAUGCCAUUGCAGAGGGAGCCAAGUCUCUGGGCCUCUCUGUUGCUGCAGCAGGGAUGUUUCAGAAUGACGGCAGUGAGCUGAUACUGCACUUUGUGUCCCAGUGCAACUCUGAGCUCUCUAAUCUGCUGGAGGAACAGCAAAAACUGGUGCAGCUGGGCCAGGCAGAGAAGAAGAAGACAGACCAAUUCCUGAGAGAUGCUGUGGAAGCCAGACUGAGGAUGCUUAUCCCAUACAUUGAGAAAUGGCCCCAGGCUGUAAGCAUUCUGCUGCUUCCACACAACAUCCCUUCCAGCCUAAACCUCCUCACUAGCAUGGUGGAUGAUAUGUGGCACUAUGCAGGAGAUCAGUCCACCGAUAUUAAUUGGUACACUCGUCGGACAGUGCUAGCUGGCAUCUAUAACACCACUGAAGUGGUGAUGAUGCAGGACUCGUCUCCUGACUUUGAAGAGACUUGGCGCUUCCUGGAAAACAGAAUAGCUGAUGCCAUGAAGAUGGGUCAUACAGCUAAACAGGUACAGUCAACGGGAGAAGCACUCGUCCAGGGCCUAAUGGGAGCUGCAGUCACUAUAAAGAAUCUGGCGGGACUGAACCAGCGGCGGUGAAGAGGAAGAGACGGAACUGAAAGUCUGUGCCAUGCCCUUUGCCUGUAAGAAGAUUGAAGGCAGAAUCCCAGGGCGCACAAGAACAUGGAGCCAUCACAAUAAUGAACAUCCCCAUGACUGUUAAAAAUUUUCCCCACCGCAGAAGCCUGUCUAGCAGAAUGGCACAAGCAUCUAUAUUUACUGGGAUUUGUAAAUAACUUAAGACCAGGCUUCCUGUUUAUGCUCCAUAUUUUGGUUAGACUUUCCUAGUAUCCCUGGUGUAGUAAAAACACUGAUUAGUGCAUUAUUAGACAAUUGUGAUGAAAGGUUGAUUGAACUGCAUUAGCCCAGCCCCCCAGUGACAUCUUUCACUUGCACUGCCCCAGUCCUCCGUAACACAUAGACCAUGUGUGCCUUGAACCCUGAGUGGACAUCAUGUUUUCACGUCGCUGAUGGAAAUAACACUUUCAGGAAGAGACCUCUCAGCGGGGGCCAGCUGGCGUUAUUAGAUGGUGCUCUUUGGAAGGCUGUCCCUGGGAUAGCCUUUCACGGUUUAUAGCUGUGCGAAUGCAUUCCUGGAUUUCUUUCUGAGGGGAGUAAUGCACUCAAACGUGGUAAUGACAAGGGGUGCGGAGGUUGGGCAUGCCGCCAGCCCCCAACCAGCCAUUUGCGGAUACCCCCAGUGCCUGUAGCUGUAAAGCCUGCUUCUGAAUGUGUGAUCCACCCUGCUGCUGGGCUCCGGCCAUGGCAGCGGGCCGACGCGCUUGUGAACCAGUCUGUAAAGAAUUAAAAAAGUCCUAUUUAAA